UUUUCAAGUUAAUUUUCUCUCCAUCCAAACAGUUUUUCUACUUAUACUUCGUUGGUGGGGUUGAGAAAUAGAACUGCUGCAAUGAGUUUGGCGAUUCGGGUCAUGUUUGUAGUAGCAUGCCUUCUGAUUUUUUCGAGUCUUGGUCUUGGCUCGAGGAGGGAUCAUGCACUGGUGAGGAAGACUCUGUUAGCACGAUUUUGUUGUCAUAACGACGAGAGAAGUUCUUCCAAAGACUCAGCAAUGGCUCAGGCAACGAAGAACAAUACUUUGGAUAACAAGAGAGUAGUUCCCACUGGUCCAAAUCCCUUGCACAACAGGUAGAAUGCACAGGUUUUUGGAUGAAAGUUCAACCCUUACAACACUUUGAAAGUAACUUUUUUUGGUACAUGAAGGAGUCAGCGUCUCUAAUUAAUACUAUUGUAGAGGUUAUGGUAAGGUUUGAGAAUUCGACUUAUCUUAAAAUUAGGAUUUUCUUUGAUUAUGUAUUUGCAUAAUCAAUUUGUUUCUUUUGCUUCUUUUCUUUUCUUUUUUUUUUGGUUGAUGUUAUGCUUUGUAGGUUUUCAUUUAUUACAUCACAUCCAUAUUAUCAUGGAUUGGUGUUAUCAAGAUGUAGUUCAAUUAGUUAAAUCAUUUAUAAAUUUUAAAUUUUAAC